UUGAUGGUAUUAUUUUAUUUAUAUUUUAUUUACUUCACCCCGUCACCCCUACAUUCCGGACCAGAAAGACGGCUCCUCAUGAAUAUGCAAAUGAUAUGCGAGCAGCCCGGGAGGUGUUCUGGUUGGUGAUGUCACAGACUGGUUUACUCUCCGUUGUGUGGGACUUGAUGGCAGGGUUGUGCUGGCUUAUUAGCGAGUCUAAAUAUUAAUAGAUAAAUAUUUUUUGGGGGGGAUGUCACGUACAAUGAUCAGUAAUAUAUGCGGUGAAUCUUUCAGAGGCAAACUUGGGUUGUCUGUAGUGUUCUUGUAAUUGGGUUUUUCGUCUCUCUUUCUGAGUUACAGUAGUUGGCUAUAUUACUACUAUACCUACCAUCAUAAAAACUCAGAAGAUCCAGCUUAUUUUUUUUUUUGCAAAACUACACGAUACAUUUAUUUUAGAACGAUACGAAGAAGGAAGGUGAAAUACUUUUUUUUUCCUUUUUAAGAACUUGAAGAUCUAGACCCGGCCUGUUUUUGUUAGCUGGCUUCACCAACACAAGAACUGGUUUUUUUUUUUGGUCGUUAUUUAUUAAGACAAUCAGUCGGACCGAAUUAAAAACAAGGUGUCGACAGAUUCAAGCAAGCUUGCCUUUCUUUACACUGGGCGAGAACUUCAUCAAAAUCAACUAAUGAAAGCCAUCGACCAUGCAGUAACUAGCCCAGGGUGUCGUGGCUUAAAAAAAACAACGAGUUACAAUCUUUCAACAUAUGUGGCUUUUACAUUCCUGCUAAAUAAAACACAAGGACACCAGGAUAUCUAGAUGAAACUUUGAAACAAAACGACGUUCAUUUACACGAAGAAAUCUAUUUUGAUUUUUUAUUCCACCCACAACACCCAGUUUUUUUCUCCUGUUGGGUGUUCUUGUUGCUGUGUUUGACUCCAGUUAAAGUAAACCGUCUCGCAUAUUUCUCGCCGGUUUUUGUUGAAAUGGAUAUAGCAUCGACUUCAACGUUUGAUUCAGAGGAUUGCAGUCGACGUCGGACGGUGGAGGACUUCAAUAAGUUCUGCACCUUUGUGCUGGCGUACGCAGGAUACAUCCCCUACCCUGACGAGGAAGCUCCUCUGCGUUCGAGCUCCAGCCCUCCGAACAGCACAGGCAGCACGGUGGACAGCGAUGGCUGGGAGCCCCGAUUCACCAGCCUGCCUGCCACCCCCGAGUUCACCCUGCCAGCCCAGAGCCGCCAGAGCUUCGGGGGCUUCAAACGGGGCGCAGGAGGAGCUGGGGGGGUAGGGGGACCCCAAACCAAGAGGUCCAGGUCUGCAGGCUUCACGCUGGAGAGAAAGAAGGUGGACAAGGUCAAGAAGAAGAAAAAGCUGAAGAGGAGAGGAGGAGAGGAGGGAGAGAAACUGCCUCUUGUGCCGGAGCGCCCCCUACUGGGCAGGGUGAUCAAGCAGGAACCGCAAGACCACUGCGAGCACUCGGGGGUGACGGAGGGGAUCGGAGAAGAUCGCCCCAGAGCAACCACUACUGCUACUGCUACUGCUGAUACCGGCCCCUCCACACCCGCCACCAGAGACUCCAGCCAGGCUGAGACCGUGUCAGCGCUUCAGCUGCAAUGCAAAGAGGAGCCCAGUUUGGGCAGCCCCUCCUCGCUGUACCCCGGCUUCAGGGGUCAGGACACAGAGGAGGAGGAGGAGGAGGAGGAGGAGGAGGAGGAGGAGAUGGCGAGGGUGGAAAGAGAAACGGCAGCUCCCGGGAAGAGGACUGUGAUCCGACAGGGAAAGCAGGUGGUGUUCCGGGAUGAGGACGGGUUCGGGAAUGAUGAGGACAUCAUGGUGGAUUCAGACGAUGACUCGUGGAACCUGGUGACGUGUUUCUGCACCAAGCCGUUCGCGGGACGUCCCAUGAUCGAGUGCAACGAGUGCAACACCUGGAUACACCUGUCCUGCGCCAAGAUCCGCAAGUCCAACGUCCCAGAGGAGUACGUGUGCCAGCAGUGCCGGGACUCCAAAUUCGACAUCCGCCGCUCCAAUCGGUCCCGCCUGGGCUCCAGGAAGCUGUGUGUGGACUGAGCCGGUCUGAGACUCUACUGCGGGGGGAGAGGGGUGGAGUCAGCCAGUGCAGGGCAGUGCUCCGGUACCCUGGAUAGUGCGGCCAGGUUUCUGUUUCUGUUUCACUGCCUGUGCUCUAGUUUGUUUAAGGUCCUUUAAGACGAAGGCGUCUGCUUGAAUGGGUUAAACAAGGCAGAGACAGACACACAGAGAAAAGAACUCCAGUCAAGUAUUGUGACGAUGCUCAAAACAGACUCUGUGUAAAUGUUGGGUUUCUGUUUGGUACUUUCUUUUAUUUCAGAGUGACUGAUAAGGGAACAGCACUGGCCUUUCACACUGUUCAAGGACUAAAGACUUUUGGAACAGAAACCUGGGUUGUGUAGGUGAGGGGAGAGGGAUACUCGCAGAGUCUUUGAGGAGAGGGGUACUCGGAGAGGCUUUGAGGAGAGGGGUACUCGGAGAGGCUUUGAGGAGCACAGCUGUAUAUUAAAAUGCACUUUGGGAACAAGGGGGGUCGGUUGAAGACAAGAGGAAGGAAAGCACGGCGACUCCACUGAGAGAGGAGCUGUCUCCGAGUCCUGAGAGACUCUCGUACUGAGGACCCGAGAGACCGAGUCCUUCCUCAAGUUACUGCUCCCCACUCCCUCGAUUACACACACACUGUCGUUUGCCUCUGAUUUCAGGACUCAUAUACACACAAACACACACACACACACACACACACACACAAAGUUAUACGUUGCUUUAAAACAGAAAAGACAAUAUUUAUUUUUUAAAAGAAAUGUCAGAAGGAAAUAAUGAGAUUUAUUUAUUGGAAGAUGUUUAAAGAAUGAACCUCCCUCUGUCUGUCCUCUCUCUCCCUCUGUCUCUCACUCUUGCUCUCUUUCUCUCCCCCUCUCUCCCUCUGUGUCUCUUUCUUUCUCUCCCUCUGUGUCUCUCUCCUUCUCAAUGUCUCUCUCUCUCUCUCGCUCUCUCUGGUUUUGUUUAUUUUUACUGUGUUUUUUUUUUUUCAUUUCAAUGUGGAUUUUGGGGCCAGUGCAUCCUCUCCCUGACUCGGGUGUAAUGGGCUCAGAUCUCUAUCCAGAAUCUAAGAAUGCCAUUUCUAAACGUGUCACAGUGUAAUGCAAUGCUUGUGAAAUCACCUCGUCCUUGUGUUGUGUUGUAUUUCAGUGCCAGGCUAACUGGGAUUGCUAAUCAAGGUGUGAGCUUCACUGUGUAGAGUACUCAGCUCACCGAAUUGAGCGGGAGGGUGCAGCUCCGCUUUCCAGCUUGUAGUUCUCAGUCGAGUCCAGCGAUCGUUUCCCAGUCCUGGAGUUCAUUCAGUUAAAUGAUGCCUCACUGUAGGAGUCUUUGUAUUGUUGCUUGUUUUGUUUAUUUAAUCACAGUGUGCUCUCAAGCCCAGGACAGACCAGGCAGCGUAGGAAGCUGCUUGUAUGAGGUGGCGUUUUGAAGCAGUUUUUCACCUUGUCACUGGAUUAAACCCCCCCCCCCAUCGCAGUUGUGAUCGUUCUGAUUACCUGUAUUAUUUGUUUGAUUUUACACUAAAACAGAAGUGCUAGUUUUUUUUUUUUUUGUAUUAAUAAAGUAUAUAAAUAUAUUCUACUUUGAAGCAAAGAAAAAAGUUUUACCAAAGGAAAAGAAGGCUGUUCCCUUUUUUUUUUUUUAAUUUAAGAAAAGAAGAAAGCGCCCUGCUGAGUAACGCAGGGUAGUGCGUGAUCGCUGGUGGGGUACAGUUUGUAUUCAGCACCGCGUCGCAGGGCGAGCUCCACUGAGGGACUGUGAAAGCAGGCGAGGAGGAGAAUUCUGUUUCCAUGAAACUCUGUAAAUUUGUGUAACGAUUUUGUAAAUAAAGAUCUAACUAGUGAUAUUUUAAGCUGAA